AGUACUAAAUACUACUGCUACCUGUCCUGUCCUGCUAACAUCCGUAGCACUGCAGGAGGUGCCCGCCGCUUCGUCCAACAUCGAAGAAGAAGAAGAAGACAACAUAAAAGAGGAAAGCCCAAUUUGUUUGACGAUGAGAGCUAGAGUGGUGGUGUUUCCAAUAAGAGGGAGGAACUGGGCUUUUAGCAGCAGAUCUUCUUCUUCUUCACUCGACUCCCAUUCAUCCUCCUCCUCCUCAUCAUCUCAUACCGCGCCGCCCUCCACAUUCAAAGAGUUAUGGAAUACCAUUUCCUCCCCUCAGCAGAAGCCGCCCUCUCAUUCCAAUGUCGAACUCCUCAUUGAUUUCUUCGCCAACAAGAUGAAUAGAGCUUGGGGUAAGCUGGAAGAAGCUCCCCGGGGGACUUUUAAGAGCAAGAUUCACAGGUUGGGUGUGAAGCUUUUGUCUCGGGUUAAGCCAUCAGAAAUUUUCUUGAAAUCCAUACCUAAGGAGGCUACCCAUGUUGAGAUCACCUAUCCCUCCAGUUUGAAUGCACGACUUGUCCGCAGAAGGAUACGGCAUAUUGCCAUAAGGGGAGCUGUUCUUCACAAGAAGUACUUCUAUGGAUCAGUUACAUUGCUUCCCGCUACAGCAAUAUUAGCAGUCCUACCGUUGCCUAACAUUCCGUUCUUUUGGUUCUUGUUCCGAUCUUAUUCUCACUGGAGAGCUCUCAAGGGAAGUGAGAAACUUCUGCAGCUAGUGUCAGAUGGUUCCACUAAUCAAGAUUCUUCGAUUGAGAAGGAGAACAAAGGACUGCAGGACUCUGAAAAAGGAAAAUUUGAUUCUCUUGGUUCUCCUUGGGUAUUGCAACCUUCUGAUGAGCUUCACAAGCUUCUUCAAGGCAAAGAUGCAGAAAGUGCCAACGAGUCUACUGUAUCAGAAAUAUGCCAGAGAUUUUCAUUAAAGACAAAUGAUGUUUUGAAGUACAGGAAUUCAUUGUAGUUCAAGUUUUGCAUCCUUUCUUUUAGUGUUAGUUACAUAUCAGUUCAAAAAGGAAAUUAUAGAUUCACUGCCGUUAAUUUUGCCAAGCUGAAUUGAUUUUUCAAAAUAGAAAAUCGGUCAAUUUUUCUCAGCUUGCUUAUCACUAAAACAUCUGGAAGCACUGAAUUGCUGGAUGCUGAGAACUGGACGGGCAUAUGCUACUAUAUAUAUAUACGGUUCCGUUUGCUAAAAGCUUUUUUUUGUUUGUUUGAAUGAUAUGGCAUUGUCUAAUUUUAGGUUUUGAUAGUGAGUGAAAAAGGAGAUGCAGCAGCAGCAGGCCGGGCGGCUGGCUGCGAAUUU